AUGGGUUUACUAACGCAAGGACAUCCGUUAAAUUGGGAAGAAACAAAAAAAUAUGCACAAUUUAUACGUGAACAUGGUAUCGAACAAUUUAUUCAUAUUUAUGAAAAACUUAAAGAUCGUCGAAAUGAUUGUCUCAAAUGGGGUGAUGAAGUUGAAUUUCUUAUGGUACGUUUUGAUCAUGAAAAGAAAAAAGUACAACUUGCUCUAAGAGCUCAUGAAAUUUUACCCACUCUUAUGGAACCUGAACAUCAAAAUCCUAAUGAUUGUAUAACAUUAUGGCGGCCAGAAUAUGCAGAUUAUAUGAUUGAAGGUACACCAGGUCAACCCUAUGGACAUUUGCCUGGACAUUUUAAUAUGGUGGAAGCGAAUAUGCGCUUACGCCGACAACAAGGUCAAAAAUUACUUGGUAAAGAUGAGUAUGUUCUAAGCACUUCAAACUUUCCACGAAAUGGAUGUUCUGAUUUUACUUGGCCUGUGCACAAACCAACACCAAGUACAUCAGCAUCUGCUUCAUUGUUUUUUCCAGAUGAGGUCAUUUUUCCAGAUCAUCCACGUUUUAAAACAUUAACACGAAAUAUUCGUAUGCGACGUCAAUCUAAAGUUGCUCUUAAUGUUCCCCUUUUUAUUGAUAAAAAUACUCCUCGACCAUUCAUUGAAGAUUUAUCAAUAUAUGGUCAUGAUAAUGAUGCUAAUGAAUCAACUGCUAUUGAGGAUCAUAUUUAUCUUGAUGCCAUGGGUUUAGGCAUGGGUUGUUGUUGUUUACAAGUUACAUUUCAAGCCCAAUCAAUUGAUGAAGCACGUUUUCUUUAUGAUCAAUUAACUCCAUUAACUCCUAUUAUGUUAGCAUUGAGUGCAUCAUCACCGAUAUGGCGUGGAUAUUUAGCUGAUAUUGAUUGUCGAUGGAAUGUAUUAUGUGCUAUGGUAGAUGAUAGAACACCUGAAGAACGUGGCAUUGAACCAUUAAAACAUGAGCGAUUUCGUUUAUCUAAAUCUCGUUAUUCAAGUGUUGAUUGUUAUAUUUCACCGGAUAGUGCUAUGUAUAAUGACAUUGAAAUUGUUCAAGAUGAAAAUGCUUUUCAUGAACUUAUUGAACAUGGUAUCGAUCAUCUAUUAGCUCAACAUAUAGCACAUUUAUUUGUUCGUGAUACAAUAACUGUGUUUGAAGAAAAACUUCAUCUAGAUGAUACAAAAGAUACCGAUCAUUUUGAAAAUAUUAAUUCAACUAAUUGGCAAUCUAUGCGAUUUAAACCACCACCAACUAAUAGCGAUAUCGGUUGGCGUGUAGAAUUUCGACCAACAGAAUUACAAAUGACCGAUUUUGAAAAUGCUGCAUUAGUUACGUUCAUCGUCUUAUUAACACGUGCAAUUAUGACAUAUAAUUUAAAUUUACUUAUUCCAAUAUCAAAUGUUGAUGAAAAUAUGCAAUCUGCACAACAACGUGAUGCAGUUCAACAUCAAAAAUUUCAUUUUAGAAAAUGUCUUUCAACUGUGAAAACACCUGAUACACCAUGUAUGGCAUCUGUUCAAAAAUCUCUUGUGCAAGAAAAUGAAUGUGAACAUCGUCUUAUGACAAUAAAUGAAAUUAUUAAUGGAUCUAAUGAAUUUGUUGGCCUAUUGAAAGUUAUUCAAGAAUAUUUAUCUAAUAUUGAAGUAGAUGCUGAUACACGAUGCACUAUUAAUCAAUAUUUAAAUCUGAUAAGUAAACGAGCAGCUGGUAAGUUGAUGACGAAUGCAUCAUGGAUGCGAUAUUUCGUUACGAAUCAUCCAGCAUAUAAGCAUGAUUCAGUUGUAAAUGAUGAAAUCACUUAUGAUUUAUUAUGGCAAAUGAAAAAAAUCUCAGCUGAUGAAGAAGAAUGUCCUAAAGUAUUACCUCGAAUGUCAUCAAAAACGACACUUGACAUUUCUGCUGCUGUUGAACAAGAACAUGAAUUAGAAGCAAAACGAUCGUUAGUGAAUCGCCAUCAUCAAGAAUAA